ACAUCCAAAAUAGUAGCAGGAUUCUGCUACAUUCUCAGGUUUCCUAGGCACUUGCAAAACCUUGCAGUUUACCCAUCAGUCCAUCAUGCUUCUACGAUGUCUUAACUAUAGGUAUCUGGGAUCAUCUUAUUUCCUUCUAGGAUUUUCUCUCAACUAUGUCUUGUUUCUAAUGUACGUUCAGAUGGGAAGAAAAUACUGUCUUCAAGCUACAUCCCAAUAUCGUCAUUUGCUCCAAAUAACUGUUUCUGGCUAAAUAUUUGCGGUGCGGAUGAGAAAUUGGCAGCGACCUGUUGACUUCUAUAUUAAAAAGGAAGAUGCCAGACUUGAGUGUGGACCUCUGAAAAAGAUGAUCCUGGGUGUGGAAUAGUCUCUGCAUGGCCCUGUUGGGAGCAGACUGAUAAGGCUCCUUGUUUCCUAGCAACCACACGUCUGCCAUAAUCAGAACCUGCCCCUCUGCAGCUGGAAUGAGAAUCCUGAAUGUCUCAAAAUUGUACCUUUAACCGAGACAUCUCUCAUCCCUGGGCAUGGCAGUGCCAUAUGUCCUUCUCUUAACUAGACUCGUAGCUGAAGUUACCAGCAAAUCCACCGAAAGUUCGGUGUCGCAGUCAGAGUGUUGCAUCGAUGUGUUGGAUGCCAACAGUACCUGUCCUGUCACCAACCAGUGCAGUCCAGGUUGUUACAGAAGAUGGAACGAGGAUGGUAGUAGCAGCUGUAUUAAAUGCAAGAAUGAUACCACUCCUGUUACAUCAGCUUACAAUCUGAGUGAUUGCAAAAAUACUGCUCCUACCAGAGGAAUGCAUUUCCAAAUGAAUGUAAGCACUGUAACCCCCAUCCUACCGAAUAUAGCGGGUCCAGAAGUGGCAGCUUCGCUCAUCUUAGGGACAUUCUUCAUCAGUUUAUUCCUAAUUCUGUGUGUGGCUUCAUUCUUCUACCUCAAACGUGCCAAUAAACUUCCAAAUAUAUUCUACAGAAGAAACAAAGCAUCUGUUCUGCAGCCCAGUGAAACAGCAUCAAUGAUACCUCCACCUACUUCUUCAGUUCGAAAGCCACGUUACGUCAGACGAGAUCGGUCACUAGUGAUGUCUGCGUCUGCUGCCAUGAUCUCUUCUGCAGAAACCAGGGUCAGCAAUGUCUAGCCUUCAGUACUUACCGGAGGACUUCUUAAGUGUCAGUGAUGUCAAAGAAACUUUCUGCGUCUACAGAAGUGCCAGGAAAGCAUCGCAAGCAACUGAGUAAAUGCUACUGUGUCAGAAGCGCGUGUGCCAAAUGCAGACCAAGGAAGACAGACUAAUGCAAAGAUGCUUGGCCAAAUCCAGUUCUGUGAACUGCUUUGUUGGGUUUGAAAUGCACUGUUCAGUUUUAUGGUUUCAUGUGUCUCCUAAUUGAUGUUAUGUUAAAAUCCUGUAAAGAAUCUGCCUUUUUUGGUACACUCUAUUCUGGUGAGUUCCUUUUUCCUGUGGUGUGACUGCAUCUCUGGCUUUGGAGCUGAAGACCUUGAUGCCACAGUCCAAUGAAGAGUAUUGGGGUUACUCAGUGAGGAGGGCUUGUUGUAAAGGACUCACGUGUCGGUGUUAAGACCAAGUGCCAUGACUUUAAAGCUGCAAGAAAAUAGAAAUGUACCUUCCAAUGCAGUGUUUUUCAAUGCAAAAACUGAUGCCUUCAGAAGCAUCAUCUUCAACCUCUUAAGCACAGAGCACCAUGGUUCUUCAACUGGGGUCCAAACCUAGAGUUAUUAUCAGGGUACUGUUGUCUUAGGUGCUGACGAAGGCUGUGAUUGGUAUGGGUCAGAUCCAGGCUAAUGGGAGACUUUCCAGUGAUGAAUUUGGUUGAGACCAUUUGCUGUGGUUUUGCAGUUGAUAAGCUACUAUUUCUGACUCACUUCAUCCCUCUCUCCUGCUACAAUUUGCCUGAAUUCUAGCAUGUCUGAGGGUGGCUGGGGCUGGGGAAGGAAAGGCAGAUCUCCCUGGGUAGGUUGCAUGAUCCUUAUUCAUCUCAGUGGGCGUCAACAUACUGAUUUCAAUCAGAGCUGUCAUGAAUACUGGACAGUACCAUAACAUGUUUCACACUAGCCCUUCAUUAGUGUGUGGUAGACCUACAAGUCAGCAGAUUUUGGCAGCCUUUGGGUUUCCAUAUUCACCACCUGCACUUGUUUGAACCUCACUACCAGAAUUGGCCUUCUACAUCCAGAGAUGAAAUGAAAACAUUGUGGUCAGCUUUGUCACCAGCUGGUGGUAUGGCCAUCAGGAUUUGGGGAACAUAGUGAUUUGGUUUGAGUUAAAAAGGACAUACCCUCACUAUCUCCAGAAUAGCUGUCUCGAGCCAAUACAAACCUCUAGAUCCAGAUUCCUUUCUGCCCAAGGUCAGAGACUUGUUCAAAGCCAUACAGUAAAAUUUCAUGGGAGAGCCAAGGAGGAGCUGCCAGUCUUAUUUAAGAGCUUUCAGCCAGAAGCAAGAUAGUGGGGUAAAGAGAAUUCAUGAUGGAGUGGGGCCUGCUGACCACAAAAACUGAAUUAUGAAAUACAAAACUUUGACUCAUACUAUGAUUAAAUCGCACCUACUUUACAUUGUUCCAUCUGCUCAAACUGAAUAGCCACAGCAAAUGUGGGGCACUGAUGAGAGGGAGAGAUUUCACUCUUAAAUACUAUGUGUAUUGUUUGCCUGUUCCCCGAUCAGGUGACAUCAGCUUUGCCAGUGUUAGUCUGUCAUCUCUCCUCCUCAUAUCAAUAGGAUUUAUCACUGGUACAAAUGAGUGUUUAAGGCGGUAGGAAAACGUAACGGCUAUGAAGUGACAAAGUCCGAAUUAACCUUAUAGGAAAAGAAGUAACUAUGCAAUAAUAUAGUGCAAAGAAAUUGCAUCUUUUUGAAGGCAGGGCGUUUCCUCUUUUGAGUUUGUCGCUAAAAUUGCAUAGAUGCUUAUCUAUUCUUUUGUUACAUAAAUCAUUGGGUCAUCCAUUCCAUUGCCAUGUUGGGACUGCAAGUCACCCACGUCAUUCCUACGUAGACGUCUGUCCAGUGAACUCUGCCUGACCCUCAAGUGGGCAAGUAUCUGAUGCACUAGAACCUUUUUCUGAAGAUAAGAGUUCAGGCUUCUCAAUGCUGACAGUUCUGUUCAAAUGAAGUAAAUUUUAUUCUUAUCGGCAGUUCAGAAACUGCUCUGAUUUCAUUAAUGCAUCUGACCCAGUUGUUUCCCCAGGCAGAAUCCACUAUUGUGUUUCUUUAUGGUGUUAUUUUAUAUAUAUAUUAUGGGAUUGGGUCUUUAAUUUACCCCUCAUACAGCUGGCUUUAAUAAACACUCAUUCUCUGAGUCUUGAACUUAAUGGGUUAAUUCAAGGACACGGGAAGGUAUUUAAUGUACUGGGGUAUUUUUAAAUUGUGCCAAAAUAAACAUAUUUGAGUCUUUU